AAAAUACACAAAAACACAAAAACGAACACGCCUCUAUUCAUUUUCUUUUCCAGUAUCUGCACACACAUUUGUUCUCUCUCCCUCCAAAUUCGCGUGGAUCUCUACAGAAUUUUACAUCCAAUUUUAUUUCCCUCGCGCAUUCUUGCACCGUCGAAGCCUCUCACCAGAUCGCCGCACCGAUCCAUCUCCUCAAUCUACAUCGGUAAUCGAUCGUAAUUCCUAACAGUAGAAAGAUCUAGGGUUCCUUCUGAAUCCGCAGCUGGCUCCAGCACAUUUGUUUCAUUCCGAUAUAGAAUCUGGUUGGCGCACGCAGUUUCGAUUCAAAGGCAUUCAAAUUCAGCUCGCUCGAGCAGGUUUCGCUUUGUUCUUUGCGUGGUUCGGUUCGUGAAUGAGAGAUAAGGUCACGGUUUCGAUUAGAUGAGCAUGGAGGUCGUUAGCGAUACGGCGUCGUUGGAUGUCGAGCUGUUGCAGCUCCCUGAGGUGUCCUCUUUGGCACUCAAAUCUAACCUAAGUUUCGUUGAGACGCUCUUCGAGCAGUGGCUUUCGCUUCCCGAAAGUAAUCGAUUGGUAACAUCGUUGCUAAAUGAAGCAAAGUCAGGUGCUCCCUUGAAUGUACCAGGGAACUGCUCUAGUCCAAAUUCUUCAAGCAAUUCUUUGCCCUCCAUGUUUCCCGCUGGCACUGCACCGCCUCUUUCGCCAAGAAGUUCAUCUGGCUCCCCUCGCAUAGUGAAACAUAGAGUUGGCCCUUCUAACUUGGGUUCUCCUUUGAAGGUUGUCAGUGAGCCAGUAAAAGAAUUGAUACCUCAGUUUUACUUUCAAUUUGGGCGUCCUCCUCCAAAUGAACUGAAAGAACAAUGCCUUGUUAGAAUUGACCAUUUAUUUCAUGAUCACAUGGAUGGUCUGCAGAUACAUGAAUUCAAGACAAUUACUAAGGAAGUAUGCAAGCUGCCAUCUUUCUUUUCCACAUCUCUUUUUAGAAAGAUUGACGAUGGAACUGGAUUUGUGACAAGGAAAGCAUUUAUUGAUUAUUGGGUCAAUGGAAACAUGUUGACAAAAGAUAUAGCAACCCAAAUAUUCGCAAUUUUAAAGCAACCACAGCUCAAAUACCUUACUCAGGAUGAUUUUAAACCUGUGCUACGUGAACUUUUGGCAACUCAUCCAGGAUUGGAGUUUCUGCAGAGCACACCUGAGUUUCAAGAGAGAUACGCUGAAACUGUCAUAUACAGAAUAUAUUACUACAUUAAUAGAUCAGGAAAUGGUCGUCUCACCCUGAGGGAGCUGAAGCGUGGAAACAUAAUUGAUGCAAUGCAGCAUGCUGAUGAAGAAGAGGACAUAAACAAGGUUUUGAGAUACUUUUCUUAUGAGCAUUUUUACGUCAUAUACUGCAAGUUUUGGGAGCUGGAUACAGACCAUGAUUUCUUGAUAGACAAAGAGAACCUUAUCAGAUAUGGUAACCACGCGCUUACCUAUCGAAUUGUUGAUAGAAUAUUUUCCCAGGUUCCUAGAAGAUUUACCAGUAAGGUUGAGGGAAAGAUGGGUUAUGAAGAUUUUGUUUACUUCAUACUGUCAGAAGAGGAUAAAUCAUCUGAGCCAAGUCUUGAGUAUUGGUUUAAGUGCAUUGAUUUGGAUGGAAAUGGAGUUCUGACACGGAAUGAACUGCAAUUUUUUUAUGAGGAGCAAUUGCAUCGAAUGGAGUGCAUGGCCCAAGAACCUGUGCUAUUUGAGGAUAUACUGUGCCAGAUUAUUGACAUGGUUGGACCUGAGGAUGAGAGCUAUGUAACUCUGCGAGACCUGAAAGGCGGUAAACUCUCAGGAAGUGUUUUCAAUAUCCUGUUCAAUCUGAAUAAGUUUAUGGCCUUCGAAACUCGUGACCCAUUUUUGAUUCGUCAGGAACGUGAGAAUCCUACAUUGACAGAGUGGGAUCGCUUUGCUCAUAGAGAAUAUAUAAGGCUUUCAAUGGAAGAAGACGUAGAGGAUGCAUCCAAUGGUAGUGCAGAAGUUUGGGAUGAAUCGCUAGAGGCUCCUUUCUGACAUCAUUUUUAGCAUUUUCAAUGGCGUUCUCGCUGUAGUGAUUUAGAAAUUUCAAUCCCGGGGGCAUAAUUGUUUUACAAUGCUCUGUAUUUAGGAUUUGGACAUGGAAGCUUGCAUUCACCUUGCAGCUUUCCUCGUGAUCAAUUGAUUGCGUUAUUAUCAAUUGGGGUAUUACCGCAUUGACUAUAGUGAGAAAGAUGUUUUAUUGUGAGAAUAAGAGGGUUCAAUAAUAACCGUUGGAUUAAAAUAAACUGUCAAGAUAUAAUCUAACAUGACUAUGUAUUCUAUUCUUUCACUCGCUCGUGUCUCUCUUCCUCUCCUAUUUCUUCUUUUUUCUUUCCAAAAUCGUCAUUUUCUCUAUCCAUUUCUAUGCCCAGCUGACUUCAACAUUCACUCUCGUCUCCAAUGUUUGAUGAAUUUAAACAUGAAUAUCACAUGAAAUAAAAAACGAGAUGAAGGGAACACAAGUUCAUCGUCGUGUCCAAUCCUAGUGGCAUGCUGCAUGGCUUCAACUGUAAUGGAAUGUUCAGGGGCUACGCCAUGGAUUCAUGUAGGUGGGAGUCUGGCAAUAGAAAAUUUUUGGAUAAAUAAAUGUGGCCUUGGUAAUUCUUUCAUGAGGUUCUGCGGUUGGGCUUGUCAGCGGUCGCUCUUACUUUUUAAAUAAAAAAGCAUUUCAUUAAACAUUGGAGUGCUGGAUGGAAGUCAGAGGGCAGAGGAAUUGGUGGUUUUGUAAAGAGUGACGGGAUACACGAGCACGAGUGCGUGUGGUGUGGGAGAGUAGAAUAAACAAUCGUGUAAGAUUUUAAAUUAUGUAGUUAUAUUGACCAUUUCUUUUAUCUGAUGGUUAUUCUUGAACCCUCUCAUUCUCAAAAUGAAACAUAUUUUCUUAAAACUUAAUAGUGUGUAUAUUGAUAAAUAAAGAAGACAAACAAAUAUAUUGGUUGAAAAAACAAAAGCCCAUAUCUAUCUAUCUAUUCAUUGUGCAGAGUACAAGUAUCUCAAGUCAUUUAUGUUAUCUCCUCAUGCCCUUGCCCAGAACCCGUGCUUUCAUCGAUAUUGACCUAAACUGUGACUUCCUUCCUUGGUGGCCUUGCCCAAAUUGAGCCAUUGUGAUUUUGUGGUGUACCUGGGCAGUUCACAUUUUGCUUCCCUAGCCAAUCCAUUCUAGGGAGAUUCUACUCGCACCCACCUUUCUAUUCUCUUCAUGCUCCCCGUAAUUCCGUAAACUUACAUUUGGGAUGGGGGAAGAGAAAAGAGGUGCCAAUUAUCCCCCCUCCAUUUUAUCAUGCUAUUUGAUCAUUUUUUGGGAGCCCUUUUGGUCAACUGACUACUAUGCAGUGUGUAUAAUUUUCUGUUUCCUCUUAAUUAUGAAAGCAUUUUUAACUUUUAA